AUGCAACUCUUCCUUGACAAGUUUGUGCAAGAAGUGAACAGCCCGAAACCAGUGACAUGGCUUUACCAGAACAGGGUCCAUACGUCUAGGCCUUUCGUGCUGUGUUCUGUGGAUGCGCCUGCAAGGGCAGCUGUGCUAAACAUGGUACCUUUCAACGGCUACUUUAGAUGCCCCUGGUGCCUUAUAAGGGGUGAGCAUGUGGAAGGGAGCAUGAGAUACGUCACGGAUGAGCCAGUUGAGGCACGGACUUCGGACCUCGUCAGGAGAGAUAUGAAGAUGGCACUUGAUUACAAAGAUGUCAUCAAUGGUGUGAAAGGACCAUCAGCUUUGAUGAACUUGAAAGGUUUGGAUCUCGUGAACGGUCAAAGUGUUGAGUACAUGCACUGUGUUCUUCAAGGUGUCACUAAACAACUGACUGAGGCGAUCCUGACUUCUACGAGCAGCAACCAGCGCUUCUAUGUUGGUGCGCCUUCAGUUGCUGCGAGGAUAGAGUCGCGGCUGCUUGCCACAAAGCCCCCACACUGCAUGACCAGGCUGCCGCGCCCGGUCAAAGAUCGUGGCCACUGGAAGGCAUCUGAGUGGAGGCAAUGGAUAUUGUUUUAUGCACUCCCUUGCCUUGAUGGUAUUCUGCAUCCUGAGUAUAGGAAGCACCUGUCUCGGCUCUCGGAAGGCAUCCACAUCCUUCUUCAGGAAGAAUUGGGCGCCCGUGACAUUGACAGAGCAGAGACCCUCCUGAGAAAUUUCGUUUGCCGCUGCAAGACAUUACACGACACAGCAUUCAUGACGUUCAAUGUCCAUGCCCUACAACACUUGGGAAACUGUGCUCGCUCACUUGGACCACUUUGGGCACAUUCGGCGUUUGUAUUUGAGGGGGGGAAUGGACACAUUGUGCGCCUCGUGUCAGCUGCAAACGGGCUGCCACGGCAGAUAACUGAACGACUCAUCAUGGCACAAAAGCUGAAUCAGCUGAUAGAAAGUCCCUUGUUAUCUAUUCAAGAAAGAGAGCUUUGCAAUGAGUUCAUUGGUGGGCUUGUGUACCACAGCAGUACCUUUGCCAACACAGCACUCAGCAUGUGA